GUUAUCAAAAGUUUCAGUCUGGUGGAGAAGAGCGAGUUUUUCCAGAAACCAUUCUGCGGAGGCGGAGGAUUAGGAUUGUGCAGACGGAUCGAUAAAACAGCUUUUGAAAUGGGUUGCAACGGCUCGACGCUCGCCAAGAUCCGUAACCUCGACGAGCUGAUACUUGAGACUGGGUUCUCCUCGUCUCAUAUCUGCCGUCUGUACGACCGCUUUCACUCCCUGGAUAAAGAUGACAAAGGAUUGCUCAACCGGAGCGACUUUCAGAAUAUCAGCGAGCUCGCUGUUAACCCCUUAGGGGACAGAAUCAUCGGCGCUUUCUUUCCUGAUGGGAUGGAUUUGAUCGAUUUCAACUCGUUCGUCCGGAUCUUGGCUCUCUUCCGCCCCGUGGACCAAAACCUGAAGAAGGAACCGAACGCCCCAGAACCCAUCAACAGCCAGGUCAACAAGCUGAAAUUUGCCUUCCAGCUUUACGAUCAGGAUAAAGAUGGCAAGAUCUCAAAGAGUGAGCUUUUACAGGUCCUGCGUGUGAUGGUGGGGGUGCAGGUGACGGAGGAACAGCUGGAGAGCAUCACUGACCGGACGAUACAAGAGGCCGACCUGGACGGAGACGACGCCAUCUCGUUCGAGGAGUUCAAAAAAUCGCUGGAUAAGGUGGAUAUUGAGCACAAGAUGAGCAUCAGAUUCCUCCGAUAGAUCGGUCCGCGGGUUUAAGAACGGCAGCGUUUGGGCAACUCCAAGAUCUGGGAUCACUGAACCCUUUCCAUUGCGACUGUCUUUUAUUGAGCGAGAAUUAAAAGCUAAGCAGUCCUAUCCAGCUGGGUAUGAUUAGCUAGCUUAAGAUAUCUUUCAUAGUACAGGUGGGGGGGGGGGAAAGCAAACAAGCUGAUGUCUGAUCAUGCUUCUUUCUACUGAUCGAACAUUAACAGAUUUGAAUAUAAAAACACACUUUGUGCUGGAAUUAAAGCCAAAUUAACCUAAACCUGUGUGCGUGAUAGAUAAGUUUGGGCUUGUGUGAUCAGAAUCAUCUAAUCUGUUUGAGAAGCUCUGACAGUUAGGCGUUCUUCAGGAUUAGGGUUGAAACAUGUUUUACAGCGAGUUGAGGAGGGAGGGCGUCUGUAAUGCAGUAAGUAAACUGGAAAACCAGCCUGUUUAUACAUUCACAGUUCAUUUCAUGCUAAACUUUUAUAAAGGCUGUGUGUGUAUAUUCUUGUACAUGACAAUUCUUUUAAAAAAAAAAAAAAAAAAAUUACAAGUCUUAAUUCUAAUAAAUUAUCAAAUAAAUGCCUUUUUUUGUGUG